GCCAACCGCCAUUAAUACCAGAAGAAGACUUUUAUUUUGGUCUGAUGAUGUGACGUCAUUAGGCUGCGCUGCGCUUCUGCGUCUGAGAUUCAACUGAAGAAAGGACAAGUGUCAAAAAACACAGAAAAACUCCUGAAGCACUGAAAUCCACACAACACAGUUACAAAGAUGGAGUUUAUUAAAGAGGAGAGUGAAGACGUGAAGAUUGAAGAAACAUUCAUAGUCAAACAAGAAGAUACUGAGGAUCAAACAAAGUUUGAGUUAAUUAAAGAGGAAAGUGAAGAAACAUUCAGAGUCAAACAUGAAGAUACUGAGGAACAAACACAGAUGGGGUUUAAUAAAGAGGAGAGUGAAGACAUGAAGAUUGAAGUAUUCAGUCUGAAACAUGAAGAUACUGAGGAACAAACAGACCUGAUGACACUGAAAGAGGAGAAUCAAGAACUGAAUGACACUCAAGAGAUAGAUCAAAAUGAGAAACAGCAUGAUUUCAAAACGGAAGAAUCGAUUGGUUGCUCACAGACUGAAAAGACCUCCUUAUCCAAAAAAGCUCAAAAUACACAAACUACAAACCUUGAUUCCCACUUAAGAAAUCAUGCUGAAGAGAGACCUUACACCUGCCAACAGUGUGGACAAGUUUUCAAUCGAAAAAGAAGCCUUAAAGUCCACAUGAAAAUUCACAUUGAAAAGAAACAGUUCACAUGCACUCAGUGUGAAAAGAGUUUUAAAAGGAAAUAUUACCUUACUGCUCACAUGAAAAUUCACACUGGAGAGAAGCCUUACACAUGCAAUCAGUGUGGAAAGAGCUUUACACAGAAAAGUCAACUUAAUGUCCACAUGAGAAUUCACACUGGAGAGAAACCCUUCACCUGUAAACAGUGUGAGAAGAGUUUCAGACUAAAUGCAGAGCUCAAGACUCACAUGAUAAAGCACACUGGAGAGAAACCUUACACAUGUAGUCAGUGUGGAAAGAGUUUCACACAAAACAGUCAACUUAAAAUUCACAUGAGGAGUCACACAGGAGAGAAGCCUUUCACCUGCAAACAGUGUGGGAAGAGUUUCACACGAAAUAGAUAUCUUAAGAAUCACAUGAUUAAUCACACUGAAAAGAAACCAUUCAUAUGCUCUCAGUGUGGAAAGUGUUUUACACAGAAAAGAGCCUUUGAUGCCCACAUGGUAAUUCACAUUGGAGAGAGUCCUUUCACCUGCCAUCGGUGUGGAAAAAGUUUCAGACUAAAAGAAAACCUUCAGAAUCACAUGCAAAUUCACACUGGAGAGAAGACAUUUGAAUGUCAGUGUGGAAAGAGAUUUACACAGAAAAAACGCCUCGAUACCCACAUGAGAGUGCACACCGGAGAGAAGCCUUUCACCUGCCCUCAGUGUGGGAAGAGUUUCACGAAUAAAACAAACCUAAAGACUCACAAUAGAAUUCACACUGGGGAGAAUCCAUUCACAUGUGAUCAGUGUGGACAGAGUUUCAGAUAUAAUGCAAACCUUAUUAGUCACAUGAAGAUUCACUCAGAGAAGAGUUUUAAAUGUAAUCAGUGCGAGAUGAGUUUCACAGACAUGAAUCAACUUCAGGAUCAUGUAAUAACUCACAACUGAGAAAAGCCUUCAUCACUGUGGAAAGAGUUUCACAAGAGAAGAAAGCCUCAAGAUUCACACGAGAGUUCACACUGGAGAGAAACCUUACAAGUGUCUUGAGUGUGAGAAGAGUUUCACGUCAACGCAGCAUGAAACGUCAUUUGUGAACUCAUUCUGAGAAGAAAUUGCCAUUUUCCUUCGUAUGAAGAGGUUUAGAAGGAGGACAGAUUUCUACACUCAUCUGGGAAUUCAUUUUGGAAGACAAUUCAACUGUAGUCAGUGUAAUAAUUUAAUAAUAAUUUGUCAUCCACUGAAAAGCCAUGCAAAUGGGAGACCCAGUUUGUGUUUUGCUGAAUAUAUGACUAGAAAACAUUUUCAGAAAAAUGCUACAUCUGAUUGUUACCUUCAUGACUACUUCUUUUACAUGAUUCUUCAUCUCUUCCUGCUUCAUCUUAAGGCAUUUUCUUUUCUUUUGUGCAUUUGUACUCCUGCGGCCAAACCUGAUAAUCAUCUUUGCUGUAGUUAAGAGUAGAUUCCCUCAGAUUUUGAGUUAUGUCACUCAAUUUGAUGUGUUGAUUCCUUUGAAUCAAAAUAGUAGUCAAACUUUUACCUUGCUGGGAAAUCAACAAUGUAAAUGGAAGAUUACAAAUAAAUUGACAUAAACCGAACAAAAUAACUUGUUCCCAUUGAUUGUAGGUGUAUUUUAGAUUAUUGUUUAGUUAAUUUCAAUUUAAUGUUGU